AUGGAUUCAUUCGCACUGAAAUUUCCUCAGUUCACGCUUACCAGCAGAAAUCGCUCAUGGGCUUCAGCCAGUGGGAGCAAAGCUACUUCAUCUUGUACAUUUUCUCGCGUUUUUCCAUUUUCUUGUGCGCAGAGGUCGAGGUUUCGAGGCAACUCAUUAAUAAUGGCAGCGGCUAAAAAGGAAAACAAAAACAUAAAUAAAAGGAAAAAUGAACAUAGCUUCUACCCCAGGCCCGAUGAAGCUACGGGCCUUUUUCCUGAAGCUGUGCUCCUAAAAGAGAAAAAGUUCGAGGAAAAUGGUAGGCUUAUGCCAGAGUUCGCUGAUGAGGAAGAGCGUGAGCUUUAUGAGGCCUUGACUCUGACGCUCGAAAGUGAUCUGAAAGUGGACGAAAUGCGGCACUAUGAAGUGGUGUAUUUGAUCCAUGAGGAUCAUGAGGAAGAGGUUGAGAAUGUCAAUAACAAAGUUCAAGAAUUCGUGAAGGAAAAGAAAGGCAAGAUAUGGAGGUUCAGCGACUGGGGCAUGCGCAGCCUGGCAUACCCCAUAAAAAAAGCAGAUAACGCCCAUUACAUCCUCAUGAACUUUGAGCUCGAAGCUAAAUCGAUAAAUGAGUUCAAGAGCAUGUUGGACAAGGACGAAAGGGUCAUUCGCCACCUCGUGAUGAAGCAAGAUAAGGCCGAGACUGAGGAAUGCCCUCCCCCUCCCGAGUAUCAUAAUUUGUAUGAUGACGAGGAUGCUGAAGAUUGGGAUGAUGAAGAUGAAGAUGAAGAUGAAGAUGAAGAUAACGACGAAGACGAAGACGAAGACGAAGACGAAGAUGAAGAUGAUGAUGAUGAUGAGGAAGAUGAUGAUGAUGAUGAUGAUUAUGAAUAUGAUGAGGAAGAUGAUGGUGAUUAUGAAGAUGAUGACGAGGAUGAUGACGAAGAUGAUGAUGAUGAUGAUGAAUACGAUGAUGAGGGUGAAAUGGAUGGUGAGGAUGAAGGUGUUACAUACGUGGAUGAUGUUGAUGAAGAGGAUGAAAGAGAAAAGGAGAGGAAUAAUUUUGCAAGUAAAAAACGAGAAGCUCAGCCUGAGGAGGAUGAAAGAGAAAAGAAGAGUAAGAAUUCUGCAAGUAAAAAACGAGAAGCUCAGCCUGAAGAGGAUGAAAGAGAAAAGAAGAGUAAGAAUUCUGCAAGUAAAAAACGAGAAGCUCAGCCUGUGUCAACAUGA